AUGCUCCGUGCACCUAUAUUUUUCUUGUUUGUAAACUGCAGAGCAGAUACCAUGGCCGCGGAUGAUGAGUCUGCCGCACUGCUGCACCGCCUUGGGUGGUUAGUUGAGCGAAGCAAGGUCGGGUUCAAGGGGAACCCCCCUCCCUUUGAGUCAGCCAAAACUCAGAAAAGCGUGGAAAUAAUGAAAAGAAAAGAAAAGAGGAAACUUGCGGGGGGUACGAGCUUUAAGCCCUUUAUCCACGGACCUCCGAGACUUGCCGAGGAUUCACGGCCAACAAGACACUUGCGGGGCAUAGACACCCAAAAAUACGAUGCUCAACUGAGCAAAACGGCCUUAAGCGGCCGUUGCCAGAAGUUAGAUAGAUCAACUGGAUGCCCAGAGAUACUGGCGGCUUUAUGUUGGGAUUUAGAAGCAAAGAAACCUGAUGCCAAUAAAGCUCAGAAGGAUCCCGUUGGAACAGUUUGCCAUCCUGAUGAUGGCCAUCGAGCGGCCACCGCUGGCAAAAAUCAGUACCUUCUUACCCUGAGCAAGGAGGAAAGGGAAGCGUAUUAUAGAUCUGAAGCGAUAAAUCACCCGAAGUUCACCAGAAGGAGCCGCGAGUACCGGGAGGGCUUAGGAUGGUACCACGGGUCUCAGCUUGUGGGGCCAUUGCGUAAAGGCAGCUGUUCAUCUGAACCUAAGACUCGGAACUGCAUUCGUCUGGUGAAUAGAAAUAUUUAG